AGCCAGGCUAGAGAGUCUCAGCGCUACCAUAAAGAGAGGCCUGGGAGAAGCCUAGAGGGGAACGGAGCUUGGCCCACCGCCUCCGGGGCGGACAGGGCGGGGCGGCGUGAAUUGGCGAAUGAAUCCAGAUUGAAAUCCCUUUGCACAUUGGAUGAGCUCCCUGACCAGACGGGGCCACCAAGUUGGCUCUGCAGAUGGGCAGAGCCACUGGCUGAGAUUUCUACUCUGGUGCCACUGCAAGCAGGAAUGUGGUCCACCAAGAUCUGAUUGAUGCCUGCAUUUCUUGUGAUCGCCCAGCCUCGAGACCGAAGAAAGAGCCCCGAGACAGUGACAGAGACAUCAGUGGCUUAAUGGACAUGGAAUCUUACCAGCCCAAAGCAAGGUCCUGGAGCAGCAUCUCCACUGUGUACAGCAGAAGAUAUAUGCCCAGGAGUGGGACUGCUGGAUCAUAUGUUUGGUACUGUAACUCUGAUAUGAUGGCCUCACUUUUGGAUCCCCGUUUACUCCACCCAGUAAAGGACUUUUGGAGCCCUUUGUCCUCUGCUCCUGGCUAGUGAUUGGUGACCCAAUGGUGAAGUGGCUUCUUCUGCAUGAUUUUAGCUGAAGGAUGCUGUGCAUUUCCUUGAUUUCUAUGGAGACCUCAGAGCUGGGCUUGCCCCCACUGACACCUCAUCUUGCACCUUCUCUACCUCCCAAGGUCUUUGCCUCUAAAGCUAGCUCGGCAUUGCCCCUGGGUCCAGGAAGCCAGUGAUGAAUUUAAGGGGAAAGCCUGGAGAAUCAUCCUGAUAGGCUUUGAGUGGCAAUGUCUGGACAUACUUCAAGUCACAUGUUAACAUGGGUCAAGCCAUCACUAGAAGGCAAGUGCUAAGACUUAAAGGCUUAUUUGCAUUUUAUUUAAAUUUGAUGGACUGAGCUCUGGACAAUUUCCAUGGCAGAAAAAUAUAUUCCAUUUUCUAGGCACGACUGCUGGCUGUUGGAUACUUGCUGCCUUUAAAUCUUGCAGCAUCAAUACCACAUUCUAGACGUUAUUUCCCACUUUGAACAUCCCCCCCAAAAAUAUAAGUGUUUGGGAGACCCCAACAUUUUCUGACUUAGGCUUGAAAGUGCCAGGCUGUUUCUCUGGAGGAACCAAGCUCUGGAGAGCAACACUGAAUCCCUGGGAAGAGAGAGCAUGGGGUGUGCUGAUUUAAAAACAGAAAAUGCAAAGUUGGACUGAAAAUAUCCUUAGUCUUCCAAGCAAUCUGCUUAAAGGUUCCAAACUUACCUUAAUUUGGUGAGAAAAGAAGCUGCCCUAUUUUUCUUUCUCCUUCUUCUUCUUCUCCUCCAACUGGAACCAGCCAUUUCCCCCAAACCACCACCAUGGAGGUUGCAAUGGUGAGUGCGGAGAGCUCAGGGUGCAACAGUCACAUGCCUUACGGUUAUGCCGCGCAGGCCCGUGCCCGGGAGCGCGAGAGGCUGGCUCACUCGAGGGCGGCUGCGGCGGCUGCUGUGGCCGCGGCCACAGCUGCUGUGGAAGGCAGCGGGGGGUCUGGAGGGGGUGCCCACCAUCACCACCACCACCAGUUGCGUGGGGCCUGCACCUCCCAAGACCCUCAGAGCGGCCGGGGAAGUAGGAGGAGGAGGCGACAGCGGCCCGAGAAGAAGAAAGUCCACCACCGGCAGAGCAGCUUCCCUCACUGCUCCGACCUGAUGCCCAGUGGCUCCGAGGAGAAGAUCCUGCGAGAUCUGAGUGAGGAGGAGGAGGAAGAGGAGGAAGAGGAGGAGGAAGAGGAAGAAGAGGAGGCAGAGGAGGAGGAGGGAAGGUUUCGCUACAGCGAGGAUGACCGCGGCGAUGAGUGUUCCUACACCGACCUGCUGCCCCAGGACGAUGCGGGCGGCGGUGGCGGCUACAGCUCGGUCCGCUACAGUGACUGCUGCGAACGCGUGGUGAUCAACGUCUCGGGCCUGCGCUUUGAGACCCAGAUGAAAACCCUGGCCCAGUUCCCCGAGACUUUGCUGGGGGACCCUGAGAAGAGGACUCAGUAUUUCGACCCUCUGCGUAAUGAGUAUUUUUUUGACAGGAACAGGCCUAGCUUUGAUGCCAUCUUAUACUAUUACCAGUCAGGGGGCCGCCUGAAGAGGCCCGUCAACGUCCCCUUUGAUAUCUUCACGGAGGAGGUGAAGUUCUACCAGUUGGGGGAGGAGGCCCUGCUCAAGUUUCGGGAGGAUGAGGGCUUUGUGAGAGAGGAGGAGGACAGGGCCUUGCCAGAGAAUGAAUUUAAAAAGCAGGUUUGGCUGCUCUUUGAGUAUCCAGAGAGCUCCAGUCCAGCGAGGGGCAUAGCUAUCGUCUCGGUCCUGGUCAUCCUCAUCUCCAUCGUCAUCUUCUGCCUGGAAACCUUGCCAGAGUUUAGGGACGACAGGGAUCUUAUCACAGCACUGAGCACAGGCGGGCACAGUGGGUUGUUGAACGACACCUCGGUCCCCCACCCAGAGAACUCAGGGCACACGAUAUUCAACGACCCCUUCUUCAUUGUGGAGACGGUCUGUAUUGUGUGGUUUUCCUUUGAGUUUGUGGUUCGCUGCUUUGCUUGUCCCAGCCAAGCCCUCUUCUUCAAAAACAUCAUGAACAUCAUUGACAUUGUCUCCAUUUUGCCUUACUUCAUCACGCUGGGCACGGAUCUGGCCCAGCAGCAGGGGGGUGGCAACGGUCAGCAGCAGCAGGCCAUGUCCUUCGCCAUCCUCAGGAUCAUCCGUCUGGUCCGAGUAUUCCGGAUCUUCAAACUCUCCAGGCACUCCAAGGGCCUGCAGAUCCUGGGCCACACCCUCCGAGCCAGCAUGCGGGAACUGGGCCUUCUGAUCUUUUUCCUCUUCAUUGGGGUCAUCCUCUUUUCCAGUGCUGUGUAUUUCGCAGAGGCGGAUGAACCGACUACCCAUUUCCAAAGCAUCCCAGAUGCAUUUUGGUGGGCCGUGGUGACCAUGACAACUGUGGGCUACGGGGACAUGAAGCCCAUCACUGUGGGGGGCAAGAUCGUAGGGUCUCUGUGUGCCAUUGCAGGCGUCUUAACCAUUGCUUUGCCAGUGCCAGUGAUUGUCUCUAACUUUAACUAUUUCUACCACAGAGAGACUGAAAAUGAGGAACAGACACAGCUGACACAGAAUGCAGUCAGUUGCCCGUACCUCCCUUCUAAUUUGCUGAAGAAAUUUCGGAGCUCUACUUCUUCUUCCCUGGGGGACAAGUCAGAGUAUCUAGAGAUGGAAGAAGGGGUUAAGGAAUCUCUGUGUGCAAAGGAGAAAUGUCAGGGAAAGGGGGAUGACAGUGAGACAGAUAAAAACAACUGUUCUAACGCGAAGGCUGUGGAGACCGACGUGUGAAUCUCCUUCGCCACCCGCCACUGCCCCUCCCCCAAUCCCAGCAUCUCCAAAUAUAUUUAUGCAUAGAGAGUGCAGUUAUGAAAAUGAUAUAUGCAAAUGAAUCCAAUGCAUACAGUAGUACGCCAUUUAAUGGUUAUACAUGGCAUAAUUGUUACUAAACUUGUAUUACAUAUCAAACAAAUGAUACAUCUUGGAGAAGAGGGAGGCUUAAAUAGGAGCAAAUCUAUCUUUAUAUUUUUUAUUAGAAUGCAAGAAUUUUGCACAUUAACUGGAGGAGGUGUUAAAAGUAAAGAUGGUUCUGUGGAGAGAAUGUGUAUGUGUGUGUUUGUGUGUGUGUGAGUGCUGCGUGCGUGUGUGUAUGUGUAAGUAAAUUGUCAACGUUGUUAGUAAUCGUGCAGUGAUGGGAAAAGUUGGCAUUUUGAAGUAUUUACUAUGUAAGACCUAAUGAAUUUCAGCUGUCAUUUAUCAGUGCUUUAAUAGCAUUUCAUGUCUUUGGAUUCCAUAGCUGUUGUUUUUUAAAAAUUGUAAGAAUUACUAUGUAGAAAAAAAAGAAAGUGGAUUAUUUAAUAGAUGAUAGGUUACAGUUUUAUCUUGGAUUUAAUUAAAGUUUAUUUUUAACUGGAAAUUAACUUUUAAAAAGGCUGCAGGGGCCUUUAGAAAUUGAUUAUAUUUUAUUAUUAAUUUUGGGGAGAUGUGACAGCAAAUGCCUAACAAUGAUGGAAGAAAUGAAAUCAGAGAAAAUGUAACAAGUUUUGUUCACAGAUAACAGAACUGGAAUUUUCUUUCUUUCUUUUUUUUUUUUCCUUUUCCUUUGCACUACUUUAUAUGCUGGAGAUUGAGAGAGACUUCAUACUGUGAAUGUUUACUAAUGUAACAGUUCAAUGACAAUCAUUGGAAGAAUGAUUUCUUAGUCUUA